CAGCAAAACUGCAGUGAGGUGGGCGCACAACUUCUGCUCACACUUUAACUCACAGGCGCGUUACGGGAGAGGUUGGAGCGAAACUCCAAAGGAAGAUGUUCAGCAUCAGCUGGUGAUUUAAGCCCGUUUGAAUGAGAGUAAAGUUCCGUAAUGAGAUUUUUAAAAGAAACCCGAAGAGGAUUCAAUUAAGGAUUUUUUCCCCCUCUUUGAGCAGCUGCAGGCUGAGAGCGAUUCCAGUGCUGGGAAGAUGACGGUGACCUAACUUUACAUCUUUGGAUCCAAUCGUUUAGUUCCUUUUUUUGGUCAAUUAACACAAAUGAAGAGUGUGUAAACUCUGACUGAGGGUGUGAGCUGAAGCCCACAGGACGCAGGGAACGUGAACCCCAGCGGCUCGUCGGGAUGGUGCGCCUGUUGAACUGCCUGCUGCUGGGAUAUCUGACCUGGAAUCUCCGGAUAUCGGAUGCUCAGGGAGAGUACUGCCACGGGUGGCUGGACUCGAAUGGAAAUUAUCACGAGGGUUUCCAGUGUCCGGAGGAUUUUGACACCAUGGACGCCACAGUUUGCUGUGGCUCCUGCGCGCUGCGCUACUGCUGCGCCGCAGCGGACGCACGGCUGGACCAGGGCAUCUGCACCAACGACAGGGAGGUGGAUAACACCGAGUUUGCAGCGCAGCCCAUUUACAUGCCCUUCCUGAUGGUAGGGAGCAUCUUCAUCGCCUUUAUCAUAGUUGGCUCACUGGUGGCUGUCUACUGCUGCACGUGUCUGAGGCCCAAGCAGCCAACCCAGCAGCCCAUUCGUUUCUCUUUGCGCAGCUGCCAGGGGGAAACGAUCCCCAUGAUCCUCACCACGGCUCCCCCAAGCCUGCGAGCCCCAUCGCGGCAAUCCAGCACGGCCACCACCAGCUCCAGUUCCGCCGGAGGAGGCAGCUCCAUGCGAAGGUACUCUCUCGGAGGGCAGCAGCAGCAGCAGCAUGGCUGCCUGGUAUCAGCCACCGUCUCAUCGUCAGCCUCCACUCCCACCCAGACCCCACAGACUCUUCUUCCACCUCCACCUCCCCCUUACACAUCUCCACCAGCACCCAUGACAGGAGGGAUCCAGCACCCGCUGCCUUCAUCCCACACCCAGCUGCAGCUCCAUCAGCCCCCGAUGGCCACUCACUCAUCCCAGAACACCAGCUUCCUUCUUCCCCAGCAGUACUUCUUCCCUCUGCAGCCUGACGCCUUCACGGCAACCAAGGGCUUCGCUGACUUUGGACAGAGCUGACAGGGCUCUCAGCAGGGGAAAUAGAGGAUUACACAAUUUUUAGUGGGCAGGAUGCGACCUGUCACAGACAGAAACACGCCAGACAAGGCUGGUGCCAGAGAAGCUAUGCAUGAGGCCCGGCCAAAUGGCCGCAGAGCGAGUUGCUGGAGGGUAGGCACAAAGCGUGACAGAGCUGCUGUGGUUGACCAGCAUGGCCCGAGGUACUUCCCUGUCUGCAGCACAGGACACAUCAGCAGAUCUGACACCAUUUGUAAAAUAUAUGCACUUUUACUUUGUGAACAGAUCUCCAUGGUUUCCAUUUGUUGAUGUUUCAAGAUGGAAAUGUAUCAGCAAUCUUCCUUAAAAACAGAUGUUGCCGUCACUCAGAUUCUGCUAAGCAUUAGCAGAGGUAUAAUAGACUUGGGAAACCAGAAAAUUCCUUUUUCUGACAAUCAGAAGGACUUGGGAAUGAGAGACGUUUUAUUUUGGAGGAAAUGUUUUGUUAUAUAAAAGAUUUUACAGCUCUUCUGCCCAGAUCAGGGUUGUCAUAUUGAUUGCUUAAACUUCAGCAAAUAAAUGUUGUCUCAUAGUAA